CUUUGUCUACGAACACAGCACGCAGCAGUACUCACCGGAACAAGCAUCUCUCAUAAACGGCAAACCUUCUGCUGGAUCAGGCGCCGUCGACACCAACGACAAUCACAUCGGAAUGGAGGAACACCCGACUGCGGUGGCCGGCCCGCCCGAGGCGGUAGCGAACGAUAGCAAAGAGCGUGCCAGUUUUAUCGUCGGCGAAGAUAGUCAGCUGGAAUCUGACGAGCUCGAGGGGAACGAUGCGUUCCCGCAAACCAUGGAGAACGGAUUACGGAGCAGCUCGUCAUCGGAAAUUAACCUGAGCGACAAAAGGCGGCGAUUAAGGCCUAGUAUGUCCCAUGGCACUGGACUGGGAUUGCAGCGUGGCCAGGAACGUGACUUUGUCCUAUCGACAACUGAAGAGUUUGUUAAGAAGUUCAACGGUACCCGGGUGAUCAAUAAGGUUUUGAUAGCAAACAAUGGUAUCGCGGCAGUGAAAUGCAUGCGCUCCAUUCGGCGCUGGUCGUACGAGAUGUUCAAAAACGAGCGCGCGGUUCGCUUCGUGGUGAUGGUAACGCCCGAAGAUUUGAAGGCGAACGCCGAGUACAUCAAGAUGGCCGACCACUACGUCCCAGUGCCGGGUGGCUCGAACAACAACAACUACGCAAACGUGGAGCUAAUCCUGGAGUUGGCACUUCGCACCCAGGUGCAGGCCGUGUGGGCAGGCUGGGGCCAUGCGUCCGAGAACCCGAAACUGCCGGAUAUGUUGCACCGCAAAGGCCUUGUGUUUCUGGGACCGCCCGAACGUGCGAUGUGGGCGCUUGGCGAUAAGGUGGCCUCCUCGAUCGUGGCCCAAACGGCGGACAUUCCCACCCUGCCGUGGUCCGGUUCGGAGCUGAAGGCGCAGUACAGUGGAAAGAAGAUAAAAAUUUCCAGUGAACUUUUCGCGCGCGGAUGCGUGACCACCCCGGAGCAGGGUCUGAUUGCGGCCGGCAAGAUCGGGUUUCCGGUGAUGAUCAAAGCUUCGGAGGGCGGCGGUGGCAAGGGCAUUCGCCGCGUGGAUGCCCCGGAAGAGUUCCCGGCCCUGUUCCGUCAGGUGCAGGCCGAAGUGCCCGGGUCGCCCAUUUUCGUGAUGAAACUUGCACGCGGAGCGCGCCAUCUGGAGGUGCAACUGUUGGCUGAUCAGUACGGAAACGCGAUCAGUCUGUUCGGUCGCGAUUGCUCCAUUCAACGGCGUCACCAGAAGAUCAUCGAGGAAGCACCGGCCGUAAUUGCCGACCCGGCCGUGUUCGAAGACAUGGAAAAGGCCGCGGUUCGGCUGGCGAAAAUGGUGGGCUACGUAAGCGCGGGAACGGUGGAGUAUCUGUACGACUCGGAGGGCAAGUACUUCUUCCUCGAGCUCAAUCCACGGUUGCAGGUGGAACACCCGUGCACGGAGAUGGUGGCCGACGUCAAUCUGCCGGCCUGCCAGUUGCAGAUUGGCAUGGGUAUACCGCUCUACCGCAUCAAGGACAUUCGGCUGCUGUACGGGGAAAAUCCAUGGACCAGCACCGUUAUCGAUUUCGACACACCGGCCCACAAACCACGCCCUUGGGGACAUGUUAUUGCGGCACGAAUUACGUCGGAAAACCCGGACGAAGGCUUCAAGCCGAGCUCGGGCACGGUGCAAGAGUUGAACUUCCGGUCGAGCAAAAACGUGUGGGGUUACUUCAGUGUGGCGGCGUCCGGCGGACUGCACGAGUUUGCCGAUUCCCAAUUCGGACAUUGCUUUUCGUGGGGCGAAAACCGACAGCAGGCGCGCGAGAAUCUCGUGAUCGCCCUGAAAGAGCUCUCCAUUCGAGGUGAUUUCCGCACGACCGUGGAGUACCUCGUGACGCUGCUCGAAACGAACAGCUUCUUGGACAACACCAUCGAUACGGCGUGGUUGGAUGCACUGAUUGCGGAGCGCGUGCAAUCGGACAAACCGGAUAUUCUGCUGGGCGUAGUCUGUGGAUCGCUGCACAUCGCUGAUCGCGCGAUUACGGAUGCAUUCUCCAGCUUUAAGAGCUCAAUGGAAAAGGGUCAGAUACAGGCGGCGAACACUCUGACGAACGUGGUGGAUGUCGAGCUGAUCGCCGAGGGCGUACGGUAUAAGGUGCAGACCGCGAAGAGUGGACCCAACACCUACUUCCUCGUGAUGAACGGGGGCUUCAAGGAGGUGGAAGUGCAUCGGCUGUCGGACGGAGGAAUGCUGCUCUCGAUGGAGGGCUCGAGCUACACAACCUACAUGAAGGAGGAGGUCGAUCGGUACCGGAUCGUGAUCGGAAAUCAGACGUGCGUCUUCGAGAAGGAGAACGAUCCGUCGCUGCUACGUUCGCCAUCGGCCGGUAAACUGAUCAGCCUGCUCGUUGAGGACGGGGCGCACGUUUCCAAGGGUCAAAGCUACGCCGAAAUCGAAGUGAUGAAAAUGGUGAUGACGCUGAAGGCGAACGAAGCCGGCACGGUGACGUUCGUGCGCCGUCCGGGGGCCGUGCUCGACGCCGGCACGCUGAUCGGUCACCUCGAGCUCGACGACCCGUCGCUGGUGACGAAGGCCCAACCGUACAAGAGUGCCUGGCCUACCAUCGAGAACGUGCAGAUACCGGAGAAUUUGAACCGGGAGCACACGGGCUACAAGAUUAUCCUCGAGAACACGCUGGCCGGGUACUGUUUGCCCGAUCCGUACAAUCCUCCCCGGCUGCGCGAGAUAAUCGAAAAGUUCAUGCAAAGUCUGCGCGAUCCGUGGUUACCGUUGCUGGAGCUGCAGGAGGUCAUCGCGUCGAUUUCGGGUCGCAUACCGCUGUCGGUGGAGAAAAAGAUUCGCAAAAUGAUGCAGCAGUACAAACACAACAUCACCAGUGUGCUGGCCCAGUUUCCCUCGCAAAUGAUCGCGAGCGUGAUCGAUUGCCAUGCGGCCACGCUGCAGAAGCGAGCCGAUCGCGACGUGUUCUUCAUGACGACACAGGGUAUCGUGCAGCUGGUGCAGCGCUACCGAAAUGGGAUUCGCGGGCGAAUGAAGGCUGCCGUUCACGAGCUGCUCAAGCAGUACUAUGCGGUCGAAUCGCAGUUCCAGCACGGACACUACGACAAGUGUGUGGCGGCGAUCCGCGAAAAGCACAAGGAUGACAUGGACGUAGUGGUGGGCACUAUAUUCUCGCACAGCCAGGUGGCCAAGAAGAACCUGCUCGUCACGCUCUUGAUCGAUCACCUGUGGGCCAACGAGCCGGGCCUGACGGACGAACUGGCGGCUACGCUGAGUGAACUGACUUCGCUCAACCGAGCGGAACACUCGCGUGUGGCAUUGCGUGCCCGGCAGGUGCUGAUAGCGGCUCACCAACCAGCGUACGAGCUGCGCCAUAAUCAGAUGGAGUCCAUCUUUUUGUCCGCCGUUGACAUGUACGGCCAUGACUUCCAUCCGGAGAACUUGCAGCGCUUGAUACAGUCCGAAACGUCCAUCUUUGAUAUUCUGCACGAUUUCUUCUACCACUCGAAUCGUGCCGUGUGCAAUGCGGCCCUGGAAGUGUACGUACGUCGGGCGUACACAUCGUACGAACUGACCUGCCUGCAGCAUCUCGAACUGUCCGGCGAGGUUCCACUAGUCCACUUCCAAUUUUUGCUUCCCUCUGCCCACCCAAACCGGUACAAGUAAGUGCGAUACCCGAAAUGUUAUCGCUUGGCGCUUACAUCGUAUAAUUACAGCUUGGAAGGUAACGACCCGGACGCCAUACCGGACUCGUUCAUGCGCACCGGUUGCAUGGCUGCGUUCGACUCGUUCGAGGACUUUAAUCAAUAUUCGGACGAAAUUUUGGAUCUGCUCGAAGACUACGCCUCGCCAGUGUUUGUCAAUCCGAAGGUGCUCGAGGCCGUCGACGGCGGGGACUCGGAUCGCCGGAUGAGUACCUCGAUCAACGUGUCCAUUUCGGAUCAAGUCAACCGUACGCGUUCCUGUCGCCUUUCAGCUCGACCAUCGGAAGCAAUUCACAUUCUUAGUAUCGCUGUCCGUGAUAUGGGCGAUAUGGACGAUCAUCAGAUGGAGCAAGUGUUUGGCGCGUUCGCCAAUCAGCACCGCGAAGAGCUGUUGAGUCGGCACGUGAGAAGAAUCACGUUCGCCGCCCUUAAAAAACGCCAGUUCCCGAAAUUUUUCACCUAUAGAGCGCGCGAUCAGUUUGAAGAGGAUCGCAUCUAUCGUCACCUCGAACCAGCGUGCGCGUUCCAGCUGGAGCUGAACCGUAUGAAGACGUACGAUCUGGAGGCACUGCCGACCGCAAACCAGAAGAUGCACCUGUACCUGGGUCGCGCAAAGGUUCCGAAGGGACAGGAGGUAACCGACUUUCGGCUCUUUAUCCGUUCGAUCAUCCGCCACUCGGACCUGAUCACCAAAGAGGCUUCGUUUGAGUAUCUGCAAAACGAGGGCGAACGGGUGCUGCUGGAAGCGAUGGACGAGCUGGAGGUGGCCUUCUCGCACCCGCAGGCCAAGCGCACCGAUUGCAAUCAUAUUUUCCUCAACUUCGUCCCGACUGUUAUUAUGGAUCCGGCCAAAAUUGAAGAAUCCGUCACCAAGAUGGUGAUGCGCUACGGGCCGCGGCUCUGGAAACUGCGUGUCCUGCAGGCCGAGCUGAAGAUGGUGAUCCGCCAGACGCCCCAAUCACCGACCACCUCGAUACGGCUGUGCAUUGCGAACGAUUCCGGCUACUUCCUGGACAUCGCCAUGUACGCCGAGGUGACGGAUCCGGAAACGCACGUCAUCAAGUUCCAAGCGUACGGCAAUCGCCAAGGACCGCUCCACGGACUGCCCAUCUCGUCGCCGUACAUGACCAAAGACUUUCUGCAACAGAAGCGCUUCCAGGCGCAAUCCAAUGGCACGACUUACGUGUACGACAUCCCGGACAUGUUCCGUCAGAUGACCGAGCGGCUGUGGAAAGAGUUUUCCAAAGCUCGCCCAACCGAAGACAUUCGGAUUCCGGAGAAAAUUUUGCUCGAAUGCAACGAGCUCGUUCUGAACGGUGACACGCUCGAGGAGAUUCAGCGUUUGCCGGGAGAGAACAACGUUGGCAUGGUGGCGUGGCGUAUCGUGCUGGCAACGCCCGAAUUUCCGACCGGACGUGAAGUGAUUGUGAUCGCUAACGACCUGACCUACCUGAUCGGUUCUUUCGGCCCCCAGGAGGACUUGCUCUUCUGCAAGGCGUCGGAACUGUCGCGCCAGCGCAAGUGUCCGCGAAUUUACAUCUCGGUCAACAGUGGUGCCCGCAUCGGGCUGGCGGAAGAGGUGAAAUCGUUGUUCAAGGUCGCCUGGGAGGACCCCGAAGAGCCGGAAAAAGGUUUCAAAUACCUCUACCUUACCACCGAGGACUACAGCAAGAUCGCCAAUACAAACUCCGUGCGUGCGAUCUUGAUCGAGGAUGAAGGCGAACCGCGGUACAAAAUCACCGACAUUAUUGGCAAAACGGAUGGGCUGGGUGUGGAAAACCUUCGGUACGCGGGCAUGAUCGCGGGAGAAACUUCGCGCGCAUACGAAGACGUCGUUACCAUCUCGAUGGUGACGUGCCGUACGAUCGGUAUCGGUUCGUAUCUGGUUCGGCUGGGGCAACGAGUGAUUCAAAUCGAAAACUCGCACAUCAUUCUGACCGGAUUCGCGGCUCUCAACAAGUUGCUGGGCCGUAAGGUGUACGCAUCGAACAAUCAGCUCGGUGGCAUCCAGAUUAUGCACAACAACGGCGUUACGCACAAAACCGAGGCCCUCGACCUGGACGGUGUUUACACGAUCCUCCAUUGGCUGUCGUACAUUCCAAACGCGCGUGGUGGUCUGCUACCGAUCGUGUCAUCGAGCGAUGCGGUUGAUCGAAUGAUCGAUUUCACGCCAACCAAGGCACCGUACGAUCCGCGCUGGAUGCUCGCCGGGCGCUACAAUCCCGCCAAUCCCGCCGACUGGGAGACGGGUUUCUUCGACCGGGGGACCUUCACCGAGAUCAUGGAAGCGUGGGCACAGACCGUCGUUACGGGACGGGCGAAGCUGGGCGGCAUUCCGGUCGGAGUGAUUGCCGUUGAGACGCGCACGGUCGAAGUGACCAUCCCGGCUGAUCCGGCUAAUCUCGAUUCGGAAGCGAAAACGUUCCAGCAAGCGGGCCAGGUUUGGUUCCCCGAUUCCUCCUUCAAAACCGCGCAGGCAAUCAAAGAUUUCGGCCGUGAAGAAUUGCCGCUCAUCAUUUUGGCCAACUGGCGCGGCUUUUCUGGUGGACAGAAGGAUAUGUACGAGCAAAUUGUCAAGUUCGGAGCGUACAUCGUCGAUGGCUUGCGAGAGUACACACAGCCUGUGAUCGUGUAUCUUCCACCGAAUGCGGAGCUACGGGGCGGUGCUUGGGCUGUGCUCGAUCCAACUAUCAAUCCGCGCUACAUGGAAACGUACGCCGAUCCCGAAUCCCGUGCCGGUGUUCUCGAGCCGGAAGGCAUUGUGGAAGUGAAGUACAAGGAAAAAGAUAUUAUCAAAACGGUACACCGUCUCGAUCCCGUGGUCCUAGACCUAAAACAGCAGCUGGCAGCGGCUGGAGAUAACAAGGAGUUGGUGGAGGACCUGGAGAGCAAAAUAAAGACACGAACGAACGCGCUGCUGCAAAACUAUCAUCCGGUGGCCGUGCACUUUGCCGAUCUGCACGAUACUCCUGAGCGAAUGCUCGAGAAAGGUUGUAUAAGCGAGAUCGUACCGUGGCGCAAUUCACGUUGUUUGAUCUACUGGCGUUUGCGGCGUCUCUUACUCGAGGAACACUUCAUCAAGCAGAUGCUAGAGGUGCAGGAAGGUUUAGCGGUUGGACAAGCUAAGUCUAUGUUGCGGCGAUGGUUCGUCGAGGAUAAGGGUGCAACGGAAGCAUACCUUUGGGAGUCCAACCUACCGGUGGUGGAUUGGUUAGAGAAUCAGAAACGGCCCGACUCCACCGUUAGUCGUAACAUAAACGCAGUUAAAAAGGACGCAAUAAUCUCACAGAUACAACAGUCUUUGAAUGAUUGUCCAGAGGUGGCGCUAGAUGCGGUGGUUGGAAUGUGUCAGGCAUUAUCGCCAGCACAACGAGGAGAAGUGGUCAAAACGCUGGCACAGCUGGAGUUCACCGAGAAAGAACACGGCAACAUUGGAUGACAACGUUUGGGGUACUCAUAACGCAAACGCUCGAGAAAGAAACGAUAGGUUUGCUAUCAACGCAGGCCAUGGUUAGAGCGUAGCACCUUUUUGUCGGAAAGGUUCCACUGUGGAUUGGGGAAAGAGUAACAGUUAGGCAAAGUAGAUAACUAUGAGACAACAAUUAAGAGACCAUCAGGUAACGUUCGUGUUCAGAUGCAACGCCACCACACAAAUCCACGAGAAACUGCCAGUGUCUAUAAAUAUGACUGGCCUUUUUCCUUGUGGCAGGCACGCACAUAGCCAGGAUCGAAUAAUAUUCACAGGAAUUCCGUCUCCUGCAGGGCUUCAAGCAUGAAUUAGCGCACAUUUGCCAAUGAGCUAGGAUGUCUUCAUUGCACGGGGGAAAGAAGAAAAUAUUUAAACAUGUUAAACAUAACGGGCACAUUUAAAAUGUAUUUUCAAUUCCUACAUUUAGGCGCGCGCACGUACACAACACAAAAGACAUCCAAAAACACAACAAAUGUUCACGUUGGGAAUCGUAACGAUCAAAGCAACGCGAAUUAAAAAGAAAGCAAAUAAGAUAGAAUUCCGAGACCUCCAAAAAUGCGGACACGAUGAAUCCGUGCGUUCUGUAAAGUAUACUUGAGUUGUAAGCAUCGUUCGUUGGUUAGUUUAGGUUAGCUUCUAUUCUUUAGAAGGUUAGAAAUGCGCGGAUUUGAACUCUUCUUCUCGACUCUGCCAUUUACAUUUGUCCGUUUUCUCUUUUACUUGUGCUUUAUUUUCACUUUGUUGCCAACAACCCUUCUGUCAGAAGCUUUAGCACGGGUUCCGUCACCAAGAAGAGCAACCAAUAGAUGUGAACAGAAGGGAAUUUUGCACUACGCUGGCAGGUCGUGUGUUUAUUUGUACAUUUCAAUUUCAGACGACACAAAUAUCUGAAAUAAAAUUCGUAACCGGUACCGUA